UUUUUACAACUUCCGACACUUCCGUGAUAUUAAUGAUAAAAUGGAUGAACAAAGCAAAGUAGUGAUCCGAAAAGUGCACCGAAUAUUUAUAGAGAAUCUAGAUCCAAAUUACGUCAUGGACUUUCUUUAUGAAAUUGAUGUUUUUAACGCAAGUAUUUGUGAGAAAUUGCGAAGUAUCGAAUUCAGAGGGGACAGAGCUCGAAUGUUCAUGUUCUUAGUGACGAGCAUGGAUACUCUAACAAUGGAAAUUUUAUACGAGGCGCUAAGAAAUACUGGGUAUGGUUUUUUAGCAGAAGUACUUCGUCAGUCAUCGCACAACUCAGUUUCCGUCCAACGAAAAGCAGAAUAUUUUAGCAGGUUUCGAAAAGAGUUAGUGGUGUAUAGACAUUAUCUGAAACGUCUUAGUCAUACAGGAGAUCAUGCGACAUUCGAAGAAGAGUUUUUCAAAGCAGAACAAAACUGGAAAAAUAUUGAAAAUUCAGGUUUGAAUAGUAAGCGAUAUAAAGCUGCAGACUUUUACUUUUUUGCCCUAGAUGCUUGGUGUGAGUAUCGGAGAGUUAUAUACGAUAAAAAUCUUAUGUAUACCGACGUUUUUGAUAAAAUGGAAAAUCUGAAACCUUAUUUGUCAGAGGAAAACUUACCUGAAAUGAUGAGACUUGUUCGAUAUGGCUCGGCUAUUCUAAUGACAAACAAAAAUGAACUAGAUACCGCCUUAGACUAUGUAAAUGAUGCAAAAAGUAAGUUUGACUUAAUACAUGCUUGUAGGGAAACGGGUACGGUAUUAUACAUUGAGUAUAAUAUGUUGUGUCAGAAAUACGCUCAAACUUUGGAACCAGAUCUUAAGGAACAACUCUACAACAUUGCUAACAAAGCAAUUGAACAUUUUGCUGUAGAAAUUGAAUUUGAUGAAACUGUGUAUUUGGAUUUCAAAAGAAUGGUACUGUUAAAACUUUCACAUCUCCUCUUAGGUAUAGCUAUGUUUGGUGCAUACCUGGAUGUAUUUGUUACAACAGAAGACAAACGUAAAGCCAUAAGUUUUUUACGAUCAAUAAAAGAGACUAAAGAAAGUUGGAAGAGAAUGGAAACUCGUUGGAAAUGGUCAUACUCUACAGCAAAAGCUAGACUUUUUGGUUUAGAUUAUAACUUCCCAAAAGCUAUAAAAUACACAGAGAAAGCACUUGUUUAUGCAACAAAGGGAAAGUAUUCAAAGGAAAUACUAGGAUCUCAAAAUGCUCUUAAUAUAUAUAACAACUUAUGUGAACGAAAAAAGGGAUGUCACGAGCUUGAAUAUAAAACGACAACCCUGUGUAAUGACAACAACGAAGACAGUCGAAUGCAAAGACAAUAUGACCAAAUAGAAUAUGAGAUUGAUUAUUCUUUAAGAAGUUUAGAGAUGUUAGAAAAUGAAAUAAAUCAUUCUAAAGAAAGAUUAUUAAAACUAAGAGAAAAGGUAAAACAAUCCAGAAACAAAAGAUACAAGGAUGGAUACCAAUAAACACAUGAAACCAUCAUGGUCAUGUCAUACUGUGGUGCUAACGGAUGAUGACGAAAGAGAAGAGAUGUGAUGGAUGUUAUUGUUUCAAGGAGCCUCCGCCAGAAGAGAGACACAGACGACAAAUCACCAUUUGAUGACAUCAACAUCGGAUCAACACUGCGAAUUAUAACUGAUGUUGUUGUUAUAAGACCACGGUUGCACCGGCUGAUAAUAUGGGCAUGAAAUUUCCGUCAUGGAGAGAGCCUAAACCACUACGUCCAUCCCGUCCUAGUACAGCAAUAGAAACACCAACACAGAGCUUGACGCCAAUUAUG